UACCAACAUACACAUACACACACUGCUUACAUUACACUGUGGAAGCAGUGCGGAGCAGUGGGAAGUCGGUCCACGGCGGUUUUCCUUCUCUACUUCUUUUCUGAUUGUUUUAUGACUUCUCCUUUUAUCCCUCCUGCGUUGAGGAUGUAUUUUGAAGCCGCGUGCAGCGUUGCUCGUUGUCUUAUCUGAGUGUCACAAUUCUUCCAGUUGCACAUCCAUCCUUUACCUUUUCACCUCCAGACGGUGUUUUGGUUUUGUUAGCUCACUUUUUUCCUUACAUUUUUCCAAGGACGAAACAUCUUCUGCAUUGGACCACCGAGGAAAUAUUUCUCACUUUUAUAAAUGCACUUUUCUUUUUUACUGGACCAUAUCCGUCGUCGGUUUGGUGUGUGUUGACUGAAAAACUAGUGAUGAGAUUUUAACUCGUGGUUUGUCUACCUUUUUUAUUUUUGCCUCAUGACAUUGAGGCGUGCACCGGACUCUCUUUCUGAGCCUUUAAAACUCAAGUGUUUAGGGUGUGAGUUUCUGUGUGUUUUAGUUUAAACACAACCACACACUCCUCCUGUUGCUCCAGUGAAAACACACCGGCAGCGUGUUUGCACGCCGCUUCCUCUCCGACUGACUCGCCGGUCUACGCUCCGGUUAAAGACGGGGACUCGGUUUCGGGGGAUUUUAGUGGGAGUUUUCUCCUCCGUAGUUUUGGACAGUGCUGUGCUUUCAGUUUUCUUGGUGAAACAGUUAAAAACAAAUACAAAAUGCCACAGUUAUCAGGCGGCAGCGGAGACCCGGAGCUGUGCGCCACGGACGAGAUGAUCGCGUUCAAAGACGAAGGAGACCCGCACAAGGAGCAGAUCUUCGCCGAGCUCAGCCACUCUGAGGAGGAGGGAGACCUGGCAGACAUCAAGUCAUCUCUGGUCAACGAGUCAGAGAGCAGCCCCAACAGCAACAGCCACGAUGGAAUGAGACAGUCCCAAAUGUCGCAAGAUUCAUAUCACGAAAAACACAGAGACCACAUGGAAGAAGCAAAACUCCAAGACCUGUACAGUAAGGGCCAUCAGUACCAGGGCUACCCGGGCUACAGUAUCAUGAUGAGCAACAUGAACGACAACUACAUGAGCAAUGGCUCCAUCUCGCCGCCCAUGGCCAGAACGGUCAGUACCAUAUCUCUAAAUGUAAAUGUUAGCUUAUCAGUUUGAUGGCAGGAAUGUAUAUCUAGAAAAAUGACUCCGAAGCUGAUUCUAUCAUUAUUGCUAUUU